UCAGGCAGGACACAUCUUUUUCUAUGGCUGGGAGACUGCAGCUCUCAUGGCUGUUCCUCAUCCUCAUUCUCCUUCUGGUGGGACUGCAAGGAGAGCCCAGGGACGCAGCACAAAGACGAGACAAGAGCAGCGACCAGCCUCGUAUGCUGUCAGAGAAUGGUCACCUCGUCUUUACAACCGGUGACAAUAACGAGAUCCGCUUCCAGACGCCAGCAUCAGGCCGGGUUAAAGUCAAUAAUGAGGACCUCACCCAACUUCUGAAUCAGAUCAAAACCAACAAAGAUGACAUUAAUGACAUCAAGACUAACGGAGGUGGAGUUCCCCCUGAUAUCACCAACAAACUAAACCAGCUUGAUACCAAGGUGUCAACACUCGAGACUAAAGUGGAUGCACUUGAAUCGACAGUCCAGAGGGUGUCCUGCAGCAGUAAUCCCUGUCAGAAUGGAGGAACAUGUCUGAACUUACUCAACUCAUACCACUGUGUGUGCCCCAACAACUGGGCUGGUCCUAACUGCGCGACAGAUGUGAAUGAAUGCCAGGUGUAUGCAGGAACAUUCCAAGGUUGUCAGAAUGGAGCAACCUGCGUCAACACCCCUGGAUCGUUCACUUGUAGCUGUUCUCCAGAAUGGUCCGGGACUCUUUGUACGGUGCGGUUUGAUGACUGCAGGAAUGCAGGACAGGACCUGUGUGUACAUGGCACGUGUAUUGAUGCAGACCGGGUUACACCUGGACAGCCUAAAUAUCAGUGCAUUUGUGAGAGCGGUUGGGAAGCUCCAGCCGGGAAUCCAUCCUGUGUGGCCGAUGUUAACGAGUGUAACCUACCCAACAAACCUUGCUCCACCAACCCUCCUGUUCCCUGCUACAACACUCAGGGUUCCUUCUACUGUGGACCCUGUCCUGCAGGUUGGCAGGGCAAUGGCUACAGCUGUCAGGAUGUGGACGAAUGUUUGACCAAUAAUGGUGGCUGCUCCACCACUCCUGUGGUACAAUGCCUGAACACCAUGGGCUCCUUCCAUUGUGGUCCCUGCCCUCCAGGUUAUGAGGGCGAUGGGAGAACAUGUACCCAGGCCAAUAUCUGUGCUACCAACAAUGGAGGCUGUCACCCAUUGGCCACUUGCUCCUCAACCCCAGGCACAAGCCUUCCUGUAUGCACCUGCCCUCCAGGCUACACAGGAAACGGUUAUGGACCAACAGGUUGCACCCAGACCAGCAACGUCUGUCAGACCAACAACCCCUGUGUCAAUGGACAGUGUGUGACCACCACCUCGGCUCCUGGAUACAUGUGCAACUGUAACCCUGGCUGGCAAGGACCACUCUGUGACCAGAAUAUCAAUGAGUGCUUAAGCAACCCCUGUCAGAAUGGAGGGACCUGCACCGACGGCAUUAAUGGAUUCACAUGUACUUGCACUGCCCAGUGGACUGGCCCGCUCUGCCAGACCUCACAGCAAGAGUGCGGAGGUUACCUGACUGGCCCCGCUGGUUCCUUCAGUUAUCCCAACACCCCAGGUCACGAUCAUUACGAUCACAAUGUCAGCUGUGCCUGGGUGAUCCGUGCCGACCCACACAAGAUUCUGCGUAUUACCUUUCCAUUCUUCCAUCUGGAGAGCAGCACCAACUGCAACUAUGACUUCCUUCAGAUCCAUGAUGGCGAUAGUGCCUCUGCUUAUAUGAUCGGAAAAUACUGUGGCCAGAAUAGCCCAGCGGAACUCUUCAGCUCCCACAAUUCCUUAUAUUUCUGGUUUCGUGCCGACAGCUCUAUCAAUGCUGGUGGCUUCACAGUUGCUUGGCAGUCUCAGGACCCAGUGUGUGGAGACGAUCUCACUGCCCCCUAUGGAAGCAUUAACUCACCUGGUUACCCUGGAAACUACCCACCCAGCCGAGACUGCUACUGGACAGUGACAGUGGAACCUGGCUUGCUCAUCACCUUUGCAUUCGGGACGCUCAGUCUGGAGCAGCACCCCAACUGUAACUUCGACUUUCUGGAGAUCCGGGAUGGUCUUCUACCUGAGGACCCAGUUCUGGGAAAGUUCUGCAGCACUGGAUCACCUCCCCCCCUGCAAACCACUGGUCCAGCUGCAUGGAUCCACUUCCACUCCGACUUUAGUGUUUCUGACCGAGGCUUCCACAUUACAUACACAACAUCCCCAAGUGACCCUGGCUGUGGUGGCACCUUCACUGACAGUGAGGGCAUCAUCAUCUCUCCAAACUGGCCCAACAACUAUGCCCACAACCGCCAGUGUAUCUAUUUGAUCAGGUUGCCAGCGGGUGAGAAGGUGGCCCUCAACUUCACUCACAUGAGCCUGGAGAUUCACAGCAGCUGCACCUUUGACUAUGUAGAGGUUCGUGACGGCAGGACGGAGACUGAUCCUCUGAUAGGAAGGUACUGUGGGAGCAUCCUGCCGGCUCCCAUUCUCUCGUCCUCCAACUUCCUGUGGGUUCGUUUCAGGUCCGACAGCUCGGUCAGCAGGGCUGGUUUCAGGGCUGUCUACACUGUUGGUUGUGGAGGCACUUUGUCUGGGACUGGACAGAUACGCUCUCCCUACCAUCCCAACGCCUAUCCCCACAACAAGGUCUGUGAGUGGGUCAUUAACCAGCCAGAGGGCUAUGUGGUCACCCUCAACUUCCUGUCAUUUGAUGUGGAGGGAGGCUCCUGCCGUUACGACUCUGUUGAGGUCAGGGAUGGCUCCACCUCUAGCUCUCCUCUGCUGGGGUUGUUCUGUGGUGUCAACAUGCCCCCCCGGCUCCAGUCCACUCAGAGAUCGAUGUACAUCCGCUUCAAGACAGACUCCUCCGUCAGCAACAACGGCUUCGAGGCAGCCUAUGGCUCUGCGUUGGAGGGCUGCGGUGAUACCUUGACCACUCCCACAGGCACCAUCACAAGUCCUGGCCACCCCUCCAGUUACCCCCAUGGUGCCAACUGUACCUGGUACAUCAGUGUUUCCCCAGGCAGCCUGGUUCGACUGUCAUUUGACUCCUUCAACCUGGAGUACCACAUCAACUGUAACUAUGAUUACCUGGAGGUGUACGACAACGGCACUGUGCAGACUGGAACAAAGAUCGGAAGGUACUGUGGGCGCUCAGUGCCUCCAACCAUCACCAGCACUGACAGCCUGCUCACCCUGCUGUUUGUGUCUGACUCAAGUUUAGUCUCCGAGGGAUUCUCUGCCAGAUACGUCUCAAUCAAUGCCACAGCAGACUGCGGUGGGACUUUCACCUCCUCUACAGGGUCCUUCAGUUCACCCAACUACCCCGACUACUACCCCAACAAUAGAGAGUGCAUCUUCAAGAUCACUGUGCAAGUCAACAUGCAGAUUAUGCUGAACUUCACUGACUUUGUGCUCGAGGGCUCCCCUCCAUCUUGCAGCUAUGACUUUGUCGAGAUCAGGGACGGAGGCUAUGACACGUCUCCCUUGAUUGGUAAGUUCUGUGGCAAUCAGAGGCCUCCAGUCCUGGUGUCCCAUAGCAACCGCCUGUGGCUCAAAUUCCGCUCAGAUGCCAGCGUCACACGUCCUGGAUUCAGUGCCCACUGGGAUGGCACACAGUCGGGCUGUGGCGGAGUGUUGACAGCUGCCUCUGGAGGCUUUUCCUCCCCUAACUACCCCCUGCCCUAUCACCCUAAUGCUGAGUGCUACUGGACCAUCAGGACCAAUCAGGGCAACCAGCUCCUCCUCUCUUUCCCUGAGUUUCACCUGGAGUCUAGCUCCACCUGUGCUUAUGACUACCUGGCUGUGUAUGAUGGUAACAGCAGCAGUUCUCCACAGCUGGCCAAGUUGUGUGGCAGUGAGCUGCCCAGCACCAUCAACUCCUCCAGCAACCAGCUCUACGUCAAACUCCGCACUGACAACAGCAUCAAUGCAGGAGGCUUCCUCGCAUCGUACACUGCCAAAUGCAGCGGCGUGCUCAUCUCAGGCCGACACAUAGGAGUGGUGGAGUCACUGAACUAUCCCAACAGCUACCCACACAACACCAGGUGCAGCUGGACCAUCCAGGCCAGCAGCGGAAACACCGUCAACUACACCUUUUUAUCCUUUCAGCUUGAGGCCACCUCCAGCAGCUGUCAAUUCGACUACGUCAAGCUCUUCGAUGGACCUAAUGAGCAAGCUCCUUUGAUUGGUACCUUCUGUGGAUACAGCCCUCCCCCAGCCAACACCACCACAGGCUCAACUCUCACCGUGGCGUUCAAAUCAGACUCCUCUGUCUCCAUGUCUGGCUUCCAGAUGAUGUGGUACCAGAACGGUUGUGGUGGGGAGCUCUCUGGUCCCAGUGGCUCCUUCAACAGUCCAGACUACCCCAACAGAUAUCCAGAAAACAGGGAGUGUAUCUGGUAUAUCACCACAUCAGCGGGCAGCAGCAUCACCCUCACUAUCCAUGAGUUUGAUGUGGAGUUCCACCAAGACUGCAACUACGAUGUGCUGGAAGUGUACGGUGGUCCGGACCUGUUGGCUCCUCGGCUGGCCCAGCUCUGCACCACCACAUCCAACCCAAUGCAGGUCUCCAGCACCGGCAACCUGCUCACAGUGCGCUUCAAGUCUGACGCCUACGUCAGCGGGCGAGGUUUCAAUGCAAGCUGGGCUGAAGUUCAGGGAGGCUGUGGAGGCCCAGUCACUGCUCCAUCUGGGGAGAUCCAUUCUCCAUCCUAUCCCAGCAGCUAUCCCAACAAUGUGGACUGUUCCUGGGUCAUCAGUGUGGAUCCCAACCAUCGUGUCUUCUUCAACUUCUCUGACCUGGACAUUGAACAUCACAGCUACUGCUCCUGGGACUACGUGGCUAUCCACGAUGGUCCAACCAUAACUUCUCCUCUGCUCGCCCGUGUGUGUGGCACCCGUCUCCCACCCUCCAUCACCUCCACCCAGAACACCAUCUACGUUCGCUUUAGGUCCGACUCCAGCCGCAGCCACCGGGGCUUCAGCGCCCGCUUCUCUGAGGCUUGUGGUGCAACCAUCGUAACCGACGAUAACGGUGGGUCCAUCGCCUCACCACGGUACCCAGCACAGUACCCACCCAAUCAGAACUGUAGCUGGAUCAUCAGAGCACAGGAGCCAUUCAACCAUGUGACCCUGUCGUUCACUGACUUUGAGCUGGAGAUGAUCAACUCCAACUGCUCCCAUGACGCUGUCAGGAUCCUGGACGGAGACAACUACCAGGCACCUGUCAUAGGGCGCUACUGUGGAAACGAAAUACCUCAUCCAGUGACAUCCUUCAGUACCUCUUUGGUGGUCAACUUCAUCUCCGACUACUCCGUGUCCAGGAAAGGGUUCAGAGCCACCUACUCAGCAUCCACCUCCAGUUGUGGAGGAGAUCUGGUGAUGGAGAGUGGUGCAUUUAACAGUCCUAACUAUCCAGAUGCUUACCCGCCCAAUGUGGAGUGUGUGUGGACCAUCAUAAGCUCACCAGGGAACCGUAUCCAGCUCUCAUUUAUUAUGUUUCACCUGCAGGGAGACUACGGAUGUCAAAAUGACUACCUGGAAAUCAGAGAGGGUAACUCCACUGGCCAUCUGGUCGGUCGCUUCUGUGGAAACUCGCUCCCCUCCAACUAUACCUCUGUGAUUGGUCACAUCCUGUGGGUUAAGUUUGUCUCAGACGCAUCUGUAAGCGGAGCAGGAUUUCGAGCCACCUUCUCACACUUGUAUGGCAAUGAUGUGGAGGGGGAGUUUGGUCAGAUAGCUUCCCCACUGUAUCCCAGAAUGUACCCCAAUAAUGCCCACUACCGCUGGACCAUAACUGUGGAGGGAGACAGCUACAUCCAGAUCCGCUUUUUGGACAUGGACAUAGAGGACCUGCAUGACUGCAACUACGACCACCUUAAAAUCUUUGAUGGCCCCAGUGUUCAUUACUACCCCAUUGGAACAUUCUGUGGUCUGGCCUUGCCCCCUCCCCUCAGAAGCUCUGGGAGCACUGUCACCCUGCAGUUCCAGACAGAUUCUUCAGUGAGAGGAAGAGGUUUCCUCGUGGAAUGGACAGCUGUCCAGGACUCUGGACCGCCACCCACCAUCACACCAGGUGCAUGCGGUGGAAUGCUGAUGACAGGGGACACUCCUGGUUUCCUCUUCUCUCCUGGCUGGCCUGAAAGCUACCCUCCUGACCAGGAGUGUACCUGGUUGAUUCGUUCCCCAGACUCAACUGUAGAGUUGAACCUCUUGUCUCUGGACAUAGAGGAGUUCUCCAACUGCUACUUUGACAGCCUUGUCAUCAGAGACGGUGCGAGCAGCCUCUCCCCCAUGUUGGCCACUGUGUGUGGUCGAGAUCCUCCAGCUUCUCUCCACUCAACAGGCGACUCCAUGUUCAUCCACUUCUCCUCAGACAGCAGCAUUAGUGGCCGAGGCUUCAACGCCUCCUACUCCAGAGGUUGUGGUGGCCUGCUGCAUGUGGACAGGGGCGUGCUGAACAGUCCCCGCUACCCCCAGAACUACCUGCCUGGUCUGGACUGUAGCUGGCAUGUCAUGGUGACGCCUGGCUUUAAGGUUUCUGUCAGCUUCCAGAGCCCCUUCCAGAUUCAGGGCUAUGGAUCUGGAUGCAGCACAGGAGACUACCUGGAGCUCAGGAACGGUCCUGAUAGUUCAUCUCCAUUACUGGGGGGACGUCUCUGUGGUUCAAGUCCGCCCUCCCUCCUCCAGACCACUGACAACCACCUCUUUAUACACUUUGUAUCUGAUGCCAGCAAUGAGGCGACUGGCUUCAAGCUGACCUUUGAGGCCCACAGUCAGGCGUGUGGAGGCUUCAUUGAGCUGAAUGAUAAUGAUCCUCCAGGAUAUGUCACUUCGCCUAACUACCCUCAGAACUACCCCCAGAACAGUGACUGUAUCUGGGUCAUAACUGUGCCCAAUGGAGAAGCUGUCCAAAUUGACUUUGAGGAUGAAUUCUACAUCGAGCCCACAGCCAGCUGUGUGUAUGACUACUUGGAGCUGCGUGAUGGCUCCACUUCCAACAGUGAUUUAAUCUCCCGCCUCUGUGGAAACACCCGACCAUCUACCCAACAUUCAACUGGCUCCUCCAUGCUGCUCAGGUUUCGCACUGACACCAGUGUCACGCACAAAGGCUUCAAGGCUAAGUACUCCAUAGCAACAUGUGGAGGUACCUACAUAGGUCAGAGGGGCUCAGUCCACAGCCCUGGCUUUCCAGGAUCCAACUAUCCUGACAGAUCCAGUUGUGAGUGGUACCUGGAGGGGCCCACGGGGCACUACCUCACCCUCAGCUACACCAGCUUCAGCCUGCAGACCACUUCAGGAUGCUCCGCUGACUAUGUCGAGAUCAGAGAGUACAAUGCCUCAGGGCGCCUCCUGGGCCGGCACUGCGGCAGUAACCUUCCAGCUUCCAUGGACACGUCUGACAGUUUUGCCUACGUCAGGUUUGUCAGUGACGCCAGCGGUAAUGCAGCUGGCUUCAGUCUCUCCUUUGAAGCCAGCGUUGAAGUCUGUGGAGGAGAGCUGGAUGCUCCCUCAGGAACUAUCUCCUCCCCCAAUUACCCCAACCUGUACCCACACAGCCGGGUGUGUCGCUGGGAGCUGGUGGUGUCACCAGGCCGCAGGGUCACACUCACCAUCAAUGACCUGCGGCUGGAAGAUUCUGGGACUUCCUGUGCAUAUGACUACGUUGAGAUACUGAACGGGUUGGCGGUUGAUGCCCCUCGCCUGCAGAAAUUCUGUGGUACAGUACCAGCAGGCACACAGGUGCGCUCCUCCGGCAACACCAUGACGGUUGUGUUCCGCACCGAUGCGUCUGUGUCCAACGGAGGCUUCACGGCUUCUUACUCAUCUGAGGAGCCUGCAGAGUGCGGUGGAGUCCUGAACAACCCAGCAGGCGGGAAUUUCACUUCCCCUGGGUACCUGGUGUCCAACUACAGCAACAACCUCAACUGCGAAUGGUUGAUUCAGAACCCACAGCACAUCAAUUCCUCUAUUGUGGUGCUGAUAGAAGACCUGCACCUGGAGAACCACCAGACCUGUGAGUCAGACUACCUCCAGUUCCGCUUAGGUGACUCAGAUGGAGAGCUGUUGGCCAAGUUUUGUGGACAGACCGCCCCCAACAUUCCCAUUGUGGUCUUUACCCCAGAGCUCUGGGUCCACUUCAAGACUGACGCCUCCCAGGGAGACCUGGGCUUCAAGGCUAAGUACUCGUUCUCUGAGUGUGGAGGCUGGCAGUCAGGUGAAGGAGGGACGCUCUCUAGUCCUAACUACCCCAACAUUUACCCCAGCCCCAGUCGCUGUGCUUGGCUGCUGGAGGCCCCUGUGGGCCACACUAUCACGCUAACCUUUAGCUACUUCAACCUGGAGCCCCACUCUCAGUGCGGCUGGGACUCUGUCACCAUCUUCAACGGAGGGUCGCCUGGCUCCCCUGUUAUAGGCCAGUACUGUGGGACCACCUCCCCAGGAACCAUCCAGUCUGGAUCCAACAAGCUUGCCGUCGUCUUCCUGGCUGACCAUAGUGUUUCCAGAGGAGGCUUUGUGGCCUCCUGGUCUGCUGACUCCUCAGGUUGUGGAGGGGUGAUCCAUGCUGAUACAGGAACGAUCAAGUCUCCGAACUAUCCCCAGAACUUUCCAGCCAAUGUGGAGUGUUCCUGGCAGAUCAUCGCCCAUGAGGGGAACCACCUGGAGAUGAGCUUCAUCGGAGAUUUCCAGAUUCCAGACAGCACUGGGACCUGCCAGAACAGCUAUGUUAAGGUGUGGUCAGGUCAGACCCAAAACGCUGAGGCCCUGCUCUCAACAGGCUGUGGCUCUGUGGCCCCGGGCCCCAUCAUUGCUCCAUAUAACAUCAUAACAAGCAGAUUCCAGAGCACUGGACCCCCCGGCAAAGGCUUCUCAGCCUCCUUCAGCACCAGGUGCGGCGCAAACUUCACUGCUUCCAGCGGUCGGGUGGUUUCUCCAAAUUAUCCAGUCGACUAUCCCGACUACUCCAACUGCAACUACAUCAUCAACGCCGGAGAACAGACUAUAGUUGUCGUCACCUUUCAGGUCUUCCAAAUAGAAGCACACUCCACCUGUCUGUAUGAUGGGCUCAAGAUCUACAGCCUGACCACUGGUGGCCCUGCCAUUGCCACUCUGUGUGGGAGCAGCAUUCCGGGGCCCUUCUCCACCUUUGGCCCCAUGAAACUCCACUUCUACUCUGACUCUGUGAUCACCGAUGCUGGCUUCAUGGCACAGUACAGAACCUAUCCAUGUGGUGGUUUCUACAACAGCAGUAUGGCCACAGUGAGCAGCCCGGCACUCUCCAUGACCAACUACCAUCACAACAUCAACUGUACCUACCAUAUCAUGGUCCGAGCAGACAGAGUGAUUGACAUCAAGUUUAACACCUUCCACCUGGAGGCGUCCUCUUCCUGUCGCUAUGACUACGUGGCGGUGUAUGAUGGACAGGACACGAUGGCACCCUUGCUGGGGAAAUUCUGUGGCGCAGUGCUCCCGCCCAACCUGCGCUCCUCCACCAACCAGCUGUUCAUUGUCUUCAGAACUGAUGCCACGGUGAAUGGGAUUGGCUGGAGGCUGACCUACAGUGAGACACUCGGUCCGGCGCAGGGAUGCGGUGGCUACCUGUCCAUGCCCAUGGGCAUGUUUGGUUCUCCAGAUCCAAACCUAGACGGGCGCUAUGAGCCCAGGAUGGACUGCAUGUGGACCAUUGAGAUGCCGGUCAACAAGGCCAUCAACCUGACCUUCGAGUCCUUUGACCUUGAGAGCUCCUCCACCUGCCGCUACGACUAUGUCAAAGUGUAUGAUGGCGACAACAUGAACUUCCCUCUGGUUGGGACAUUCUGUGGAAGCUUCAUUCCUGCUUAUUUUGUAUCCAGCGGAAACUUCCUGACCGUUCACUUUGUCACUGAUGGCUCAGUGCAGAAACGAGGCUUCAACGCCACCUACAGAGCUGUGCCACUGGUUUGCGGUGGGAUUCUGAAUGCCACGACCGCCAUCCAGACCCUGACCUCACCUUUCUUCCCCAAUGCCUAUCCUCCUCACACCUCCUGCCGCUGGAUCCUGGAUGCUCCAGCCCAGGAAACCAUCAAAGUGGCAGUCCAGACCUUUUCCCUCCAGCCCAGCCAGAGCUGCUCCGAAAACUACCUAGAGAUGAGGGACUGGCCGAUGGGAGACUAUGGGCAGUCACAUAAGUUCUGUGCAUCAGAUGGUCAUCCACCAGACUUCUACAGCUACAGCAGAACAAUCCACGUGCACUUCAGAUCUGACGCCUUCAUGACAGGAAAUGGCCUGAGUUUCACCUAUCAGAUCGCCAGCUGUAGCCGAACCUAUGAACAGGAAUAUGGGUACCUGAAGAGUCCAGGCUGGCCGGACAUCUACCCCCACAACAUAGACUGCACCAUCAUUCUGAAGGCACCACAGAACAGCUACAUCUCCUUCUUCUUCAACAACUUGGAUCUGGAGAACCAUCCCGACUGUAGAUUUGACUACCUGGAGAUUCGUAAUGGCAGUACAGCGGACUCACCACUGUUUGAUCGCUUCUGCGGCAGCACCUUGCCCAGCCCCAUCUUUCCACAGUCAAACCUGCUCUACCUGCGCUUCAAGAGUGACUUCUCCAACGCCCGCGAUGGCUUUGAGGCCACAUGGACGUCCUCCCCUCACGGUUGUGGUGGCACUCUGUUCGGUGACCAUGGCUCUUUUGCAAGCCCCAACUACCCAGGCACCUAUCCCAACAGCACCCACUGUGAAUGGGUUAUCAGGGCACCCAGAGGUCGUGUGGUGACCGUCACCUUUGCCCAGAUCAGUAUUGAUGACCCUGGAGACUGCCAGAACAACUUCUUGAAGUUGUACAAUGGCCCUGACACCUCCUCUCCGCCUGUUGGACCUUACUGUGGAGUGGAAACCAACAUCGCUCCAUUCACAGCCUCCUCCCAUCAAGUCUACAUUGUCUUCAGUGCCCAGUACGCCACCCUGCCGUCAGGCUUCAGACUCACCUGGAGCAGCUGAAAGAACGGCCUUCAAUAGACACACACACACACACACACACACACACACAGUUGCUGACUAAUUUCCUAAUCAUGUUUUAAGGUACACACCUGCUGUGCAUUUAUUUUCAAUCAAACCAAUGUAAUAAUAAUGAUAAAAAUAAAUCUAUACUAACAU